UAGUAUGUGCGUGACUGGCGUGUUAACAUUGUCUAAUCUCUGUGGUUAAGCAAUACAUACUUUCAUUGAUUUUGAAUUUAUAAAAAAAAAAAAAAAGAAAAAAGAAGAAGUCUUUUUUUAAUAAAGAAUUAAAAUAUCAAAACUCGUUAUGAACGAAACAAAAAGUACUGUCGAUGUUAUAUUAAACGAACAUAAUUCCGUUAAGUUGCGUAAUAUUGAAAGAUUUCGAUCUGACAAUGAUAUUGUUGAUGAUGAUGAUGAUGACGAUGAUGAUGAUGAUGAUGAUGCUAUUGCCAAAGAAUCGCAAGACGGAAGAAGACGUUUUAUAUCUGACGAUGAAACAGAAAAGAAGAAGAAAUUUAUAGUUAAAUACAAAGGACGUAUUUACGAUAUUCGUGGAUUUUUAAAUUAUCAUCCGGGUGGUAAAAAGAUACUUAGUUCAUACAAGGAAAAACAUUUGGAUCGUGUUUUAAAAGAAUAUCCACAUUCGGAUGCGGCUUUCCAUUUGUUUAAUGAAUAUGCAUUGGAUAAUAAAAACAAAUACGACGAGCUUGAGAGUUUGAUAGAUUGGAACACACCUUUAUUAAGUCAAGUGGGCAAGUUAAGUGAUCGAUAUUGGCAAUGGGUGAAUCUACCGGUAAACCGACCGAUACGAUUAUUUCAAUCAAAUAUAUUGGAAUUUUUAACAAUCACACCAUGGUACAUGAUACCGAUCGUAUGGAUCCCUAUUUGUGCAUAUUUUCUCUAUACGGGAUUUAGUCUAAGCAUUACUCGUCAAUUUCCAAUUUUUUCUUUAUUAGAAGGCCUCCUUGCCUUCACGGGAGGGGUAUUAUUGUGGACAUUUGAGGAAUAUCUGUUACACCGUAAAUUGUUUCACUUCAGGCCACCAGGGAAUUCGAAAAUACUUAUCACGUUACAUUUCCUUCUUCAUGGUUUGCAUCAUAAGGCACCUUUUGAUGGUCAAAGAUUAGUAUUUCCACCUAUAGCUGGUAUUAUCAUAGCAAUUGGCAUAUGGAAAUUGUACAUAUCGAUAUUUCCUGAUUUUAUAGCCAACUUUAUUAGUGCUGGAACUGUUGCAGGAUACUUGUGUUACGAUUUAAUGCAUUAUUAUUUGCAUUAUGGUAAACCUAAUGCCAAAACAUAUUUUUACGAUUUGAAGAGAUAUCACAAUUAUCAUCAUUUCUCGCAUCAUGAUGAAGGUUUCGGUAUUAGUAGUAAAAUUUGGGAUUAUGUUUUUAACACAGAUAUAAGUUUACAGGAGCUGGUAAAACCAAUAGAAUGGUAAUUUCCUGCUUACGAGUGAUAAAUGUAAUAGAAAAGUUUAUAUCUAGCAUGUAACACGCUUUCAGCUUGGCUAUUGUUAUUUCUGAUAGAAAGUAUUACUUAAGUACUUUAAGCCAUAUUGCUUAAUAGAUAAAUAUGUUUAGAAACGAU